UGCUAGAGAAUAUCACGUUUGUCCCCCACACAAUAUUGUUUUUCACCUGCCAUAUCUCUUAAAUAGUUACCAACAAAUCCUUUUAGUUGUUUUGUGCAGUAGCCUUCUAUAGAGCCGAAUACUCGUCGGACCUUGCAUCACUCCAUCUCCAAACGACAACUUUUUCUCCUCUCUCCAAGCUCUCUUGUUUUUUUGGUUUGGUUAGUUUAUUUUCUUUUAACCCUUUCUUCUCUGGUAUGUCUGUAGAUAUGUUUUAGAGCAGAUAUUUAUAGUUGCAGAGGUUAGCAACUAAAGCUUGAGAUAGAAAGGUAAUGAAGCAGAGGGGUUUGAUCGAAAAACUCAGUUGGUAUUUGAGAGAUAUCCCUGCUGAUAACGUGUUGUAAAACUACGACAAAUUCGGAGAGAAUUUAGAGGAAGGAAACAAUGAUUAUCAAGAGCUCCACCGUCAGCUUCAUCUUUUCUAUAUUCUUGUUCUUCAUUCAUAGUUGAUGCCUUGUAUUUAUAGGCAUAUGGAUUACACUAUUUACUAAUAUUGUAUAAUUACAAUGGGUUUGAGGGUGCCUUGAGUAAUAUUAUGACCAAGAUGGGUGUGGUGAGCUUAGCAUCUGUUUCUACUUCUUCAAGGGUAGCUAGGUUGGUAGUUUUGGUUUUGAACUUGGCUGUGGUUUGCAAUGGAGGUAUAACAAGCCCUUUUGUGAGGAAAGCUGAGAAGACUGUUGAUAUGCCUUAUGAAAGUGAUGCCUUUCAAGUCCCUCAUGGCUAUAAUGCACCUCAACAAGUUCAUAUAACACAAGGAGACCACAAGGGAAAGGCCAUGAUUGUGUCAUGGGUCACUGUGGAUGAAAAAGGCUCCAGCAAAGUGCUUUUCUGGAGUGAAGGUCAAAAGAAAAGGAUGGCUGAAGGCAAAGCUAAAACCUAUACAUACCAUGAUUACACUUCUGGUUACAUUCACCACUCUACCAUCAGAAACUUAGAGUACAAUACCAAAUAUUACUAUAUGGUAGGAAUUGGGCACACUGAGAGGCUGUUCUGGUUUGUAACUCCUCCUGAAGUUGGGCCAGAUGUCACUUAUACAUUUGGUCUCAUGGGGGAUUUGGGCCAAACCUUUGAUUCAAACUUGACACUUAUUCACUAUGAAGAAAACCCACUUAAAGGACAAACAGUUUUGAACCUUGGAGACCUCUCUUAUGCAGAUAAUCAUCCCAAUCAUGACAAUGUUAAGUGGGAUACAUUUGGAAGAUUCAUUGAGAGAAGUGCUGCUUAUCAACCUUGGAUUUGGACUGCAGGGAACCAUGAGAUUGAUUAUGCUCCAGAAAUUGGUGAAUACAAACCUUUCAAGCCAUACACUCACCGGUAUAAUGUCCCACACAAAGCAUCAGGGAGCCCUGCCCCUUUUUUUUACUCAAUCAAGAGAGCUUCAGCAUACAUCAUAGUCUUGUCUUCAUAUACAGCUUAUGGUCAAUACACUCCUCAGUACCAAUGGCUUGAGCAGGAGCUACCAAAAGUUAACAGGAGUGAGACACCAUGGUUGAUUGUCUUACUGCAUUCCCCAUGGUACAACAGCUACAACUAUCAUUACAUGGAAGGAGAGAGCAUGAGAGUCAUGUUUGAGUCAUGGUUCGUGCAGCACAAGGUUGACGUAGUCUUUGCUGGUCAUGUCCAUGCCUACGAACGAUCUGAACGUGUAUCGAAUAUUGCCUAUAACAUUGAAAAUGGAAAGUGCUCUCCGGUGGUGAAAGAUCAAUCUGCGCCAGUGUACAUUACCAUUGGAGAUGGAGGAAAUAUUGAAGGCUUGGCAACCAAUAUGAGGGAGCCACAGCCAGAUUACUCAGCUUAUAGAGAGGCCAGUUUUGGUCAUGCCAUUUUCGACAUCAAGAACCGAACUCAUGCCUUCUACAGUUGGCACCGGAACGACGAUGGAGUUGCAGUGAAAGCCGAUUCUAUGUGGUUUUUCAACAGAUACCAUCAUCCUGUUGAUGAUUCUACAAGUUCCCAAUCAUGAUCAUGGGAAAAGAUAAAUUUUGUUGCUCUUGUUUUCUAGAAUAAAUUUGAGCUGUAUAUCUUAUUAAGUUAGUCAAUAUUUUCUGUAUGUUUGGUUCGUCUCUCUGUUUCUACCAUUUAUAAAUCACCAAGGAUCUAUAUGUGAUCUGUUUUGAUGUUGAUAAGAGAGAUAUCCCUAAAUCGAUGACUUGUUGGUCACUUGUAUUGCACUUUGGAUAACUAUUUCUAGCAGAGUAUGUAUUCCUCCACCAUGUUUUUAAGUUCGA